AUGGCUGAACAAGCAACAGAAGAAGAUAUCCUCCUUGCCAAGCGCAUCAUCUCAGCGGCGGAGCGUCAUGAUGUGCCAGCGUUGAACAUCCUGCUCAAGGAUGGCUCGGCAAACGUGCAAGAUCCCACAGCAACAGUAUCAACAUCACCGCUCCACGCGGCAAUCGCAGCGUGUGGCAAAGCCGAGGAUGGGAAAGAAGCCGGCGAUGCUGCGGUUCAGACCGUAGAGACCCUCCUACAGAAUGGUGCCAUCUGGAACGACCUUAACAAGGAGGACGAAACACCAGGAUGCAUUGCUCUCCGCCUAGGCCAAAAGAAGAUUUACGAGAUGAUGGUAGAAGCCGGUGUACGCGCCGAGAUUCUCUUUGCUCGGCUAGAAGCGCUCGGCAUGGGCGACAACGACGUAGAAGAGGAAGCCGAUGAGGAAGAAGACACGGAGCAACCGGCCGCCAAAAAGCAAAAAGUGUCUACCGAAGAUGCCAAAGCCGUGGAACAAGUCGUCGAAGAGAAAGUUCUCGACGACGUCUCCCUGGACAACAAAGCCUACAUCAGAAGCCAACUCCGCUACAAACCCGGCAUCUUGCUCGACGAAUCCGAUAAUGCCGUUAUGAUGGACUGGGAAACUGAAAUCAUGCAACGCCAUGCCGAGACUCUGAUUCCUAAGAAGGGACUCCGCACCAUGAAUGUAGGCCACGGAAUGGGUAUUGUGGAUACUGCUAUCCUCACGCACGACCCGGCGGAACACCACAUUGUUGAGGCGCAUCCACAGGUGCACCAGCGCCUCCGUGAGCAAGGCUGGUACGACAAGCCCAAUGUCAAGAUUCAUGAGGGACGGUGGCAAGACGUCCUGCCCAAGUUGGUGGAGCAGGGUGUUGUGCUAGAUGCGAUUUACUACGAUACUUUUGCCGAAGACUACAAGGCGCUCAAGGAGUUCUUCGCUGAGUAUGUGGUGGCGCUGCUGGCCAAGGAUGGCAAGUUUGGCUGGUACAAUGGGCUUGGUGCUGAUCGCCAGAUCUGCUAUGAUGUUUACACAAAGGUUGCUGAGAUGGACCUGUACGAGGCGGGUUUCGAUACUGAGUGGGAGGAGAUUAACGUGCCGUCUGGUCUGCACGGAAGUGAUCAGUGGGAGGGAACGAGGAGGCCAUACUGGACGAUUGACGUUUACAGGUUGCCUGUGAACACUUUCGUCAAGUAA